CGACAGAGAGAACGGAAGGCUGGGGGUUGAGGGAAAGGAAAGCACAAUAGAGGGGGAAAAAAGUGAGCGAGGGAGAGUGACAGGGACAGAGAGAGCGGAGGAGGUGGGGAGGGGGGAUUGGCGUGGUAUAUGGAGCAAGCGAGGGAAGAGGGAGAUUUUGAAUCUGUGAAGAGCGACGGAUAGACGGGAGAGUGAGCUGGACAGGGAACACGCACUCGGAUAGAGAGGAGGAAAGGAGAGCGAGGAUAAGCGGAUAUUUCAAGUUUUUGCACAAAUACGAUGAUGGGACUGUACUAUCCUUCCGUGUUGUCGGGCUCUCAGGAUUCAGCAGGUGGUCAAGAGGGUCUCAUCCCCCCAUCCUUCUCCACCUUCCCCCCUCCUCCCCCUCCGCCCCCCCAGAACGGAUUGGCCCUGGAGUACGGGGCCAGUCUGUACACCGCAGGGGCCAUCCAGGGGUCGGUGGAGGUCGGACAGGCAGGCCUUAACACCCCGACAAGUGUCCCAAACAUCUUAACCACGCACCAGUCAGAUGUGUCGUCACAGAUUGAUACCCAGUUGGUGUGUACAGGAGGAGGUGGUGGCGGGGGGUCCGUAGGGGACGACUCAGAGAAGGGGACCCCCAAACGCCUCCACGUCUCCAACAUUCCCUUCCGCUUCAGAGACCCUGACCUCCGGCAGAUGUUUGGGCAAUUUGGAAAGAUCCUCGACGUAGAGAUCAUAUUCAACGAGAGAGGAUCGAAGGGUUUUGGCUUUGUGACGUUUGAGACGAGCGCAGACGCUGAGAAGGCCAGAGCUGCUCUCCACGGAACUCUGGUGGAAGGACGCAAGGUUGAGGUCAACAACGCCACAGCCAGGGUGAUGACCAAUAAGAAAAUGGUCACCCCAUAUUCUAAUGGAGGAGAGGGGCUCGCCGCUCUACCUUAUGGGCUACUAAAUGCCAACUCCCCUACAGCCGGGUGGAAGUUGAGUCCAAUGGUUGGAGCCAUGUACAGUCCAGAGCUCUAUACAGUCCCUGGCUUCCCGUACCCUGCGGCGGCUGCACAGGCUGCCACAGCGGCGGCGACCUUUAGGGGCGCCCACCUCCGGGGUCGUGGCCGGCCGGUCUACGGUGCUGUCAGGGCAGCCCUACCCCAGCAAGCUAUACCUACAUACCCAGGUGUGAUGUAUCAGGAAGGGUUUUACGGUGCAGCAGACCUCUAUGGUGGCUAUGCUGCGUAUCGCUACGCUCAGCCGACUGCGGUGGCUGGUCCUGCAGGAGCAGCGGCUGCCGCAGCAGCUGCCUACAGUGAUGGCUACGGACGGGUGUACACGACAGACCCUUACCACGCUGCACUGAACCCUGCUGCAGCCUACGGUGUAGGAGCUAUGGCCACACUGUACAGGGGAGGCUACAGUAGAUUUGCGCCCUACUAAAGAUAACCACAUUUCCCAGGAGCUCUCUCAUCCUGUUUGAACAAUCUAUAAAAGAGCUCCCUCUGCUGUCCAGGAUGGAGAUUGCAACACGUUGACGCAAGUUUGUCGCCUACCAUGGAAACAUUUAUAUUUCAAAAUCUCCUGCUGUCCACUCUUUUAUCGCUUCAAACAAAAAUAGGAAUGCCAUUUUAAAGACUGGUAGAAAGCCUUGACAAAGAAAAGAAAAUAGAAAAAAACCUUGUAUUUGAACCAAAUGGCCGCUUGUUUCCAUUGCACGGCUGUAUUAUAGUCCCCCUGUUUCUCCCUCUCGACACUCUCAGCAGCACAAGACACAGAAUGGUCGCCCCCAGCUAGCGUACCUCCAGAGCCUAUCAUGUAACUGGUGUCCGGACCGUUAACUGAACACUGAAACCCCCUACCACACGUAUAACAGCCAAGGUGUAAUGUGGCAUGUACUAUACACAACUCAUACAUCAAGAAUGGAGGUGGAGUCUAGUUAUGGAAGACAGAACUGUGACUGCCAGUGUCUGCAGGUCUGUGGAGCCUGAAUGAGCGAGAAACCACAGCAACCGAGCACCAGAAGCAUUUUGGAACAAAGACAACUUGCAAACAAAGUGGAGGAUGUGACUCCAUGUUUCCUGUUGUGGGGUGAAGGAGUAUGAGAGAGGAAAUUACAUCAUCAUUGCAGAGAGAGAGGGGAUGGACUGAUGUUUUUUUUAACACUAUUAGAAAUGACUCACUUCAAACUGAGCAGUAAAAGGAUUAUCAUAGCUGUUCCUUACCUCAAAGUUUUCUUAGUCCGUGAAAAUGGCGAACCUUUAAAAAUUUAAUUGUUACAAUUAUGCAAAUAAAUUAGUUAGAGAAAGAAAAAAAGUUACCAUAUUAUUAUUAUUAUUAUUACUAUUGCUGAUUUAUAGCGUUGUCUUUAUUGCGUUAAUAUUGUUAGUUUCAGUGGCUCUCUGAGCACACCUCCACACACAUUUUCCACUUCCCUAGAAACGAGGUCUAGGGGCUAGGACUACGGUGUAGAUAAUAUCUGUGUCAUUCACUACAGUGGGCAACACUACACGUCCCCUCUACAUAACACAAUAUUAUACCAAACUAAACUUCCAGUGCACAACAUCAUAUUCUCACAAUACUUCACACUAUACACAUCACUCAGAACUAUAUAAUAUUUCAUCACUGCUAUCGAGGUACCGGCUGGCUUUUUUAUUGCAUUGUGAAUGUUAGGCUGAGACAUAUAUCACUGAUAACAUUGAAACAACCAGAACCUAGUGUCCUAGAAUAAACUUCUUCAGUUAUAUUUCUUUGAAAAGGUAUGAUAGGGAUGUAUUAUUUGGCUAUAUGAUUGAUUUCCCUAACCUGUUCUGUCUUUUAGAAGAGCAGGUAAACAUCAAGUACAGUCUUCCUGAGAAUAGCUACGUUGGUAAUAGAUAGUGAGAUUCUGUCAACAGGUGUUGAAAGAGGGACACCAUCAAUAUGAAAAAUAUUUAAUGCAAAAUACCAUAAUAUUGUGCAUAUUUCUAUAUCCUUAUACUCUAUUUCCAAAAUGUGGUUUUUGCCUUUUUUUGUUGUUCCAAAGAUUUGUAGAAAAGCACACUUUUAGUCAUGUGUAUGAUAAAUAUAUUAUCGUUCUUGUGGUUAUUAUUAUUAUAAGUGUGGUCUUUUUAUUUGUUGCAUUAGGUCGUUGUAUUUUUUUCUAUUGGUAAAUGUUGUUCCUCCUCAUGUAAGGUGACAUUUUCAUUUCCUCCAUCAAGAUUAGUUGAAAUCUGAUAUUUUUCCCCCCUGUGUUGUUUUCUUGGGCAGAGGGGAAUGGACUAUUUAGUAGUUUCAAAGAGGGAGGGAACCAUAGAAGUAUACCACUAUGACAUCAGCCUAUCUAGUGUUCUAUAUCUAUGGCGCGAACAAAACGGGAAAGCACGUAAAACUAAACUACCAAACUAAUUUCCCCCCAAAAGAUAGGGAAAGGCUGAAAUGUUUGGGUCUCACAAUUUAUUCCAAGUCCAAAGUUUACAGUAGACAAGAAUACGCUGGAAUGAAUGGUGGUCUGACAAGCACUUCUUCUGACCUGGUGAAGUAAUCUAGUCACUCUGUCGUAGACAAAGACUCCUAACAUUUCAGUGCUGAAAUUUAGUCAGUUGAGGUUUAAAACGGAUGUGAAGAGCGUAGCGCUCGUGUGCUGUCUAGGUUAAAGGGCAUGCAAUUUUGAAUGAUCCAAGUAUACAAAAGGUUGUAUGUGUUAUCGUUUGGUUUGUACAAUGGUAAAUGUUUCAAAGCAGUUUUACAAAGAAUCUUAUGUGGGGCAUGAACUAAUUACUAUGAAACAAUAUUUCAAAAUGCUGCAGUCAUUGUUUAUUUUGAAAUGUUUGCUCUUCUUCAUUUUAUCUUCGGUUUUCUGGCUGUGUGUACCACUCUUCUGUGUGAACUUAAUCUAAGUCAUCAACAGGGGUCAAACUCUUCUCUGGUCAUUUGACUUUAUUAUCAUGUAUUGCAAAAGAGGACUGAAAUAUGAAUAACUGAAAAGAUACAGCCAAAGAUGGUUAUUUAUGCCCUAUUUCUAUGGUUACCAAAUUGAGAAACGCAGAGCAAAGUGGAUAAAUGAUUGACAACCUAUUGAACCAAUCAACAUGGGCAACUAGCAUGAUCUACUUCUCCAAGAAGUAGAGUUUGAGACUCCUGACCUAAAUGUUUUGCAUGAUUUUGAUUCUGUCUUUUGAGAUCAGACUCCAACAGCAUUCGGUUGCAAUAGUCAUCUUUUACCACUAAACUCCAUUGAGAAUGCUAGGCAGCUAGCCCUUUUUUAUGCUAAGGAUGCUAGUGUAGCAACGAAGAGCACAGUGCUGUUUGUCAAAGACUCAGGCCCAGUGAUGGGCAAAACAAAAUGGCCGCCACAAUGAGGCAAGAACACAAUGGCAACGUUCUAAUUUCCAUACCAGCAUAUUACUUUGAAUUCAUACCUUGAUACAGUGCUUCAUACUAAGUAGUAUACUUGUGUGGAUAUUGGAACAGAGCCAUGGAGUAGGCUCCUUGUAUUAUAUUAUACAGUGAGGUGGUUCUUAUUCUCUAUAGGUUUCAAAUAGUGACGGUCCUUUUUUGAAUCUCUUCCCCUCUGUCAUGUUUAUCCAUUGGCUGCCAUUAUGCUAUUUUGUUAGUGAAUGUCCAUAUAAAAUCUUUUAUAUAAAAUA